CUGGGGUACUGACGGAACCAAAGGAGCUCAACGAGCUCCAGUUUUGGUUGAGAUGAGGCAAUGGAUUGGUGAUCUAACCCUUAAUAUGUCUUCUAGAAUGAUUGCAGGGAAGAGAUGCUUUGGUGAUGGUACCGAUGGAGAAGCAGAAAGGUGUCAGCUACAUGUCUGGGUCUAUUGCAGGGUGGGGGCGUUUGGACAAUGUUUGCUGUACUGUGGGCCGUCGGUUGUCUAGUAAAUAAUCCGCAUGUACUGAAGAAGGCUCAGGAUGAGCUGGACAACCAUGUUGGAAAAGAAAGACUAGUGGAAGAAUCCGAUAUCAAGGACCUCACAUACAUCCGAGCUAUGGUUAAGGAAGUGAUGCGUCUAUAUGCAGUGUCCAUGCGUCUAUUUGAAUCCACUGAGGAUUGCGCUAUUGCCGGGUACAACGUUCCAGCAGGAACCCUAUUAAUCGUGAAUGCAUGGAAGAUUCAACGUGACCCCCGAGUCUGGUCGGAUCCAUUAGAAUUCCGCCCUGAGAGAUUUCUUACUAGUCCCCAUAAAGACAUGAAUUUUAGCGGUCAACAUUUUGAAUUUGCACCUUUAGGAUCUGGUAGAAGAUCUUGCCCUGGAACUUCUCUCGGUCUUCAAAUGGUGAACAUGAUAAUUGCUCGCUUGGUUCAUGGAUUCGGGUUCAAACCACCUUCAAGUGCACCUGUUGAUAUGACUGAAGCUGUUGGUUUCGCCAAUAUGGUUAAAGCUACACCACUUGAAGUUUUGCUUACCCCAAGACUCCCUAAGGAGCUUUACGUUUAAGAAUCAGGAGAUGUCUGUUAUCGCGUAAGGAGCCACUUGUGAAAUACGUACCUAGUGUAAGAUCUAGGUAAUAAGAAGAGGUCACCACAAACAGGAUAUUCACCAGC